AUGGAUUGGACUGUAAGCCCACUUCACACUGCCAACUUACAAGCAAGGAAUUUUCAAGUUCAGGGAAUGUAUCACUCACAGCAGCCUGCAUCUGGAUUUUCUCAAGCAAGUACAUCAACUGAAAAUUUUUCAAUUUACACUGGAAAUGAUCAAGUGAUAAGAACACAUUCCAGUACUGAGAACAUGGUGGCAAAUGAACUGCCUUCUCCAAAUAAUGUGGGAUCCAACAACUUUCAGCCACCUUUCCUAAAGGCAUCAGUACCUAAUACAGGCUUUGGGACAACACAGAAUUUCGUUGCCCUGCAUCCACCUAUACAACUUUCCAACUUGACUGUCCAAAUGACACCUGGCAUGGCUAAGAACACCUGGCCAAAUUCUAAUGUGUACACUUUCUCCCCUGUAGCACCACAAUUUAGCACAGGAAAUACUGUGCAGAGACCUCCGAAUCCAUAUAUGGCCUCAAGCAUGUACAAUAAUCGGCCACAAAAAAUUUGUUCUAAAUCUGUACAAGCUUUUGUUUUUCGAGGUAACAUAAAUAGUUCACGUUCUAAAAGGUUUCCAAUGUUAGUGCCCAAGUAUCGACAUACUGACUCUCAAACACAUGCUACAGUGUCUCCUAACCAAGUAUCGAGCCAUUUCCUAAAUUCUCAGCCUAAUUCUUCAUGCCUUACUUUUCCUUCAGGGCAAAAUAUUCAGAACCAAAUAAAUGACAUGAAUUCAGCCUCCACUACAGCGGUGCAAUCACAGCAGUAUGCCUCCAACUGUGUAUAUUCACCAUAUACCAUACCUACUCAUUAUGCAGCCCAGGUCAUUCCUCAAGCUACUAAUACAAACCUUCCACCACCACCAUAUGCAGUGCCUCCUAUACAAAUAAAUCAUGGGGAGUUUGUACUACCACAGCCAGUUCAAAAUACGUCUAAAGAAAGUGUUCAAAACCCACAGAAUCUGGAGUUGAAUCAGAGUAGUGGUUCAUAUUCUGUUCAGGGCUUUCAGACACUUGAAUCUGUACCGAUCUCUAGAGAAACCAAUGAAGUUGGAGGUGCUGCAGAUAGUAGACAUGGACAUAGCGCUGAAAAUCAGCCUUCUGAUGAGUUGACAGAGUCAGCGGUUGAGGCCUUAAAAAGUAUAUGUAACAAUCUUCAAAUACCUGGAACCAUUCCUCUUGAUAAAACGUCAGCGCCACAGACAACUAGCAUUACAAUACAAGAUAAUAUAUCAAAAAGCUCAGGAAAUGUUCUCUAUAGCUUGAUUAAGUCUAAACCUAUAACAAAAGAAAGUCUAGAACUGGAUUGGCAAAAAAUACUUGCAAUAACAAAAAAACGUGACAUUCUGCAAGCCACCUACAAGUUAAAACAGCAGUUAUUUGAAUCUGCAGAACAGAAGUCAAAAACAUCUGAUCCCACUAUGCACAAUCCUGAUCUUUCACCUCCUUCAUCUAAUACCAAUCAGCAACCUGCUGCAUUGCUGCAAGCCACUCAGCAAACAUUUUCACUUCCCUCACAUGAUGCGACUCAGAAACUUGCCUCCUUACUGCCACAUGACAACACUCAAAAUCAGCCACCUUCACUUCUUGCCCGUCGCUCCAGUCAGAUCCAAGACAGUUCCUCAUUGCCACUGAGGACAAAGAGUCACUUACAUCCGAUUCUUCGGGAUUUACUUAAAGGUACUUCUGAUGAAGAGAUGUUGCUUAAUAUGCAUGUUGCAGGUACUGAGGGAAAUCAGAAUAAACAGUUGGUCAUCCAUGAGAAGAAUUCCUCUGAUUCUGUCUUAGAUUCCAAAUGUGCCAAGUCUGAAACCAGUGUGAAUGAUAUGGAGAGAGCUUCCAGGCUUAGCCCUAAAAUGUCACAAACUGUUUCUACCCAAGGGCCUUUGACAUCCACGGAUGUCAGGCCACGUUUCGAACAAACUUCUGCGUUGAGCAAGGAUCAGUUAAUUAAAAUGUCCUUCAUGUCGAACAAGGAUAAAAUAAGAAUGCUUAUUAAUAAAAUACUGACUAAUCGUCAGAGUGUAGUUUCAGUUCAAAAUCCAACUGCGUCAAGUGCAUCUUCACAGUUAAGAGAAAGAAUAGCAAAAAAAGGAAGUGAAAAUUUCCAGAAUUUUAGAUCUGAAUUUAUCCAGCAGAAUAAAGACAAUUGUCUCCGAGCACCUGAUAACAGCAUUACCUCUUGGAACAGUGGAAAUGAUAGCUCUAACUCAUCCUCUCUUGCUGUCACUGUUCCAGAAGCAGGAAUAGUUCAGAGGUCCUCAGUUACUGGGAAUUCUUGUACUGUGGAAAGAACUUGUUCUUUCGAGGAGCUAGAAACAAGUCUUGCUUUGUGGAGGAAAAGCUGUUCUGCAUCUCUAAAUGAACACUUAGGUGAAAAAUCAAAAUCAACAACUAAUUCAUUCCCAUUAGAUAUAGUAGAGGAUAAAGAGAGAGCCUGUGCUAUGAAAAGCUUCCCAAAUGCAUUAACAGACUGUGAGAAAUCUAGUGUUGCAGUUGGAAAGAAUGAACCGAGUCUGUCUUCUGUUCCUUCAUCUCUUGGACAAAAGCUUGAUACCAUGAGUUCUAGUUCACUGAAGAGCUCUGAACCUCAAAUAGCUAUUGUUUCUCCCUUAAUACUUUCUAAAGAGGGACUUCAAAAUGAAGUGCAGGAAAAGAAAGUAUCUUCUAUAUUGGAAACAGUGUAUCCAGUUAUUGAAGAAGGCAGUGUACACAGUUUAUAUAAAUGUGUUCUCACAGUGUCAGAUGCUGAUAAACCAAUAAAAAUAACUGCUUGUUCUCCAUCAGAUUGCUGUGGUACUGUCAAGGAUGUACAUUCAGGUAUGCCACAGAAGAUGGCCAAAUCCACCGGGAAAAAUGGAAUACAGAGAGCUGAAAUUGGAACAGACUGCUCUUGUGAUCCAAACCAGGGGCUAACUGGUCCUUUAGAACUGGGGAAAAAUAUACCGCCACUCUAUUCUAGAGACUGUUUUCUACCAGGAACUGAUAAUGAUAGCACAAGUCCAGUUUCUCAAAAGUGUGCUCCUAAAACCAGUCCAGAUAUGGUAGAACCAGAAGAUUCUGUACUGAAUAAAAACAUAUUGCAGAUAUCCAGCGUGUGUACUUUAGUUCAAGGGGAUGCAUUUUAUAAUUCACAAAUAGCUAGUAUCUUUAAUACUAGUUCUUUGAAAUCUAAAGCAGAAAAUAACACCUCUUCAGAGGACCAGAGGCCUGAUUCAUAUAAUAAAGAACAACAGUUGAGCCACUGGAAAAGAGACUCUGAAAUAAAUGGGAGCACAUCUGUGGGAGAUGUCUUGUUACCAUCACUAGGUCCCCAAUCAAAGGCCGCUGCAGAAAAACUGUUAAACUUACCAUGUUCAAAGGUACCCCAAAGUGGUAAGGUUUCAGAUGAGGUGAAUGAAAGAGAUUCUGAGGAAGAAAACAACACUGACUUAUGUAAUCCUAAUUCUGGAAAGGAUACUGAGCAAAAUAUAUCUUGCAAUGAUGUUCACAGCGCAGAUUCGGCCACUGGUAACCAAAAGGUACCUGGAAACAGUAUUGUUGAUGAGGGUAGCACACAGAGUAUCCAAGAGUAUGUACCAAGUGAUGAGAAUCAAGCACAUUCCGUGAACAAUAUUGACAUCGCACUGACAUUGCCAAACGAUCAGCUGACUGAACUCUUAAAAGAAUUUCCUUAUGGAAUUGAUGAUUCCAAGGUAUUAAAAAAAACUGGAAAUGAAGAUUCUGCAACUAAAUUAAUCUAUAUAAAAGAUGGACAAGAGACUGAAACUUGUGGACAGAACUCUGAUGCAAAUCAUGCUCUGGACCAAAUAAAAAUCACAAUAUUAAACCCUCAACAAAUGAAAGAAUUGUUUCCAGAAUACAGUAGUCAGUCCUCUAACAAACUGGAAAAUAGAGAAAACGAUAAGAUCUUGAUAACUUCAGAAGAUACAAAUAAAAGCCAUAUUCAGACCAUACUUAGUGAGAACACAAAUACCUCAGCAGAAACAGUCCAGAAACCGGCAAGUCAGUCAUAUUGUUGUUUAAAGGGUUGGAUAGGUUUAGAGUAUGUAGUGGACCCUUGUCAAUGUAUGUUGGAUAAAGAGGCUGCUUUAAAGCAGCAAUUGGGUCAGUAUUUGCCAUCUGAAAUUACAAUUAAAGAGGAACCAGAAACUAAUGAUACUUCUAGUACUGAUUGUUUAUUAAACAGUCAACAGCAGACUAUAUAUCCUUUCAGCAAUAACCUUCCUUCAGAAGAUGAAAAUAACAAAAUUUGCAGUAAAACCUUUGUACACAGAGAAAAUGACUUUCAAGAAAAGGAGUGUAAGCCAUUGAAAGAAGAAAAAGAACUUAUUCCAGUUCCUUCGUUAGAGAAAUUAGAGUCUCUGAAACUUAAUAAAAAAAAGCAGAGGACAGAAGAACUGCCAGAAAAGGUUCAGAUUGAAUUGUGCAACCAAAAAUGUGCAACAUUGGUUUCUAAAAGUCAAGAACUGUUGUAUUCAGGAAGCGGUUACUCAAAGGGGGAAUCUAUAAGAUCUGCCUGUAAAAGAGAAUUAUCUAACAAAGAGAGGAUUCGAAGAGAAUCAGUGGUCGACAAAGCAAUGUCAGAUACCCUCCGGCAUAGAAGUAUGGUAAACAAACCUAGUAAAAAAAAUGAAAAAUAUAAAAUUAAAAGAGAUUCGAGUGAAACUCACAUAAUUAAAGGACCAACUCACACCUUAAAGAGGGGGCUGAAGAAACAUACUGCAAGUAAAGAAAAACUGAAAACUUCAGAAAGACCAUGUAGUACUGUUACAAACUCUUCAAACUUAAGUAGUGUUGACUUGGUUUCCAGAACGUACAAUAAUACUCAGCAUUCACAAGAACAUUUAAACAGACAGAAAUGCAAAAUUAAAAGACAUUCAGAGAAUAACAAAGCCAUGAGAACAGAACAUAAUGAAUCUAGUAGUUCUGGGCCUAUCCGGCGGAAUAAAGAAAGCUUGGUGAGAAGAAAUCUGAAGAAAUUUGCAUAUCCAGAAGAGAGAGGAAAUGUGUGGCAAUACAGAAGAUCACUUUCAGACAAUACCAAAACUUCUAAACUGCAAACAUUUAGAGGGCAGCAUCUCAAUAUGUACAAAACUAAUUAUUUGGGCAAAGAGGCGGUAUGGGGUGCUCAUAAGAGAGACGGGGGCAAAAUCCUUUCUGAUAAAAAAUCACUUUGUAAUAGAAAAAGUAAUAUACUUACACUUCAAAGGGAGCAAAAGAAAAAUUAUUUGAAUAAAGUUGCAUUCAAGCAGACUGAGCGAAGCAUCUGUUUGACAAACCUAGAACAAUCACCUUCCAAAUCAGUCUGGCAUGUGAAAUCAAGUACUGCUGAAGAACACCCUGGAGAUGAGAAAAACUACACUCCAUGUUCCCAGCAAUCAGAAGUGACAAAAACCCCAAUGCUUGAAUUCAAGAUGUGUCCAGAAAUAGUGUUUAGAAAUUUGGUCUCUGAAGAAGUUCCAGAGGUGAAGAAGCUUCCUGAAAAAGAGGCAACUCCUGUUGCAGCUGUCAAAAGUAAAAGAGAAGAUUGGUUAAAUUGCCUUCCCCCGAAGAAAAGAAAAAUUGAUGAAGUGGCAACUCAAGUUGAAGAUCAUAUUCCACAGAAAUCCAAUGCCACAUUUGAGACCUACAAGAAGAUGCACCUGGAAAAAAGAAGCCGAAGCCUGGAUAGUAGCCCUCUAAACUAG